CCUCAGCGUCACUAGACGUCGGGUGGGAACUCGAGGAGUCGUAGCAAACAGCGGUUGGCAACUUUAGGUCUGAGACAUUUUCGGCCGGCAUGUGGCUGUCCGCACCCUCGCGGGCCCUCCUGGUUGGGAUCGCGGUCCUCUUCAUAGUUUUCUCACCACAGGCCAGGUCAGAGGAGACUCCAACAGGCCAACACGUAGUAGACAAACGUCACGUCGGAGCGCUGGCUCGCACUGGCCAGCUACCCUUCCAAGGUAAGCGUUCUUAUGCCGCUCUGGCGCGUAACGGCGACCUGCCCUUCAACGUGCGAGAACAGUGGAUCAAGAAGACGCACCCCAUGAUGACAGGCAGCGGCGGCAGGUACCUCGAAGACCUGCUGCUCCCCCCCACAACCAAGCGCUACGUAGGGUCACUGGCCAAGAGCGGAGGACUCCCAUUCAGCCGCGUUGAAGGCAAGCGAACAGACGAAGGCAGUGAAGCGAGCGAGGUGGACAACUUGCUGCAGAGCGUGCUGGAAACAGAGGAUCUGUGGCGACUCCAGCUCACGGCCCUGAAACAAGAGCUGCUCCGAGAGCAGGAGGAGGAACUUGAGAACCAGCUGCAAGAAGACGAUACCGACGAGGAAAAACGCAACGUUGGGUCACUUGCCAGAAGCGGCAACAUGCCUUUCAAGAACGGCAAGAGAAGUGUCGAGGCAUUGGCCCGCGCCGGGUACUUGCCGGUCCCCAAACAACCGCAGGAGUCGGCAGACUACCCACACGACAGCAACGAGGACAGCGAGGAGCUGGUCGGCAAACGAAGCAUCGCGGUCCUGGCCAAGAACGGUCAGCUGAGCGCUCAUGGCUUGAAGGACCUCUUCCACGAAGGAGGCAACCGGGGAGACGACGCGUAUCUGGAAUAUCUGCACCAGAAGAGGGAAGGCGAUGAAGCAGGAGAAGGUCUGGACGAGCUGAUUCAGGAACUGUACCAGGAGGGACAGGAAACCGGGAAGAGGAACAUAGGGUCACUAGCCAGAGGGUACAAUUUUCCAUACCACGGAAGAAAGAGGACCCUGGGGUCUAUUGUUCGUUCGGGUGGAUUCAGAUUUGGUGGAGCAACCAAGAAAGUUGGCGACGACGAUAAACGCAGUGUGACAUCUUUGAUUCGACACCGGAUAAACCCGUUCCAAGAAGGGAAGCGAUACAUCGGUUCAGUCAUGAGGAAUCAAGGUUCCCAUUUUGGGUUGUCAAAGAAAGACGAUUCUGAGUUAGAGGAUGACGCAAAGAGGAACAUUGGAGCAAUGGUCAGGAACUGGUACCUACCGGAGCACCUCAAAUAUGGGAAACGCCCCAAUGACGAAGACGAUGAAGUGGAAGACGACACGGCCAAGCGAUCCGUGCCGACGGGCCUGAAGGACGAGAAGCAGGUCCAGGCGACAGCGACGGCGAAACAGAAGAGAACCAAGAGGCAGGCGUUCCUGGUUCCAGCGACCUCUUCUGACGAGUACCCUAUGCCGGUCAUGCAGAACUCUGACUUGUUCGACUACGAGGACCUGGCGGAACUAUUGUCUGGAGGUGCAGCGCCCGAGAAGCGGUUCCUCGGCUCCGUGGCCCGGAGCGGAUGGUUCCGGGAUGGUAGCCAAAAUCGGCUGAUACAGUCUAGCCCAAUGGCAAAACGACAUAUCGGCUCUCUGGCGCGUUUGGGAUGGCUGCCUGGAUUUCGCAGUUCCCGGUAUAGCCGCUCGGGCCGAGCGCUGUCCGACCCCCUGGGGGACCCGGAUGACGAUGACGACGAGGGCGAUUCGACGAGCGCCUCCAGGUCCGGGCUGGCCGACUCUCGAAACACACUCGCUGCCAGCGAGCACAUCCUAUACCACUAAGCACUUGUACGACUUCACGAGCAAGGAAGGAUCCCGCAGAUGGGGACCAAACGUCCAAGGACAACCCCUUUCCCUGGUCGCAAGAGUCCUCAUGCGAGAAACAUAUGAAUGAUGACGGUCUUCAAAUAUCCCCACAGCCGGCAGUGAACUUCUACCUGCUACUGUAACCCCAGAAGAUCCCAAACUCACAUAGUCCUUUUAUGAAUUAACCCUCACAAGUAACAACACACAGUAACAUGGCUGACUGGACGUCCGGCUCUGAUCUCCAUUUAAAUAUCUUCAAAACGUAACCACGGUAGAUAACAUGUAUAUAAUAUACAGAGUUUUAUGGCCAAACAUAAUUGAAGCUAAUGCUCCGAGCUGUGAAACAGUCAGUAAUGAUUAUCAGCUGAAAAAAAAAUUGUAUUUAGAAUUCAAAUGCAAAUUCACACUAUUAAUCAAAAUGGCUUUAGUACCAAAGAAAUAUUGUGAUACAUAACCUGAGGAAGGAAAGCGAAACACCGAGUGCAUUGAAGUACCACGUACCUUCACUACGUCAUGGUUUAUAUGCAUGUCUUGUACAGGCCUUAGUUCGAUACUCUCGCAAAUAACUUCCGGGCAUAAGUGACACUAGGAAGUUUUUUGUGUGUUUCGUCGAGGUCAUUCCGGCAGUCGGAAAAUCACUUUCGGUCUGAGAGCGAAAGUUUGAAGUUCAGACGUCAUCGAAGCAGGCCCAACUCAUUCUGGUGGAGUGUCAUUACUGUGCAUUACUGAAGCCGGACCUUGGAACCAGUUCAUUACACUCCAUGACGCACAAUCGAAGGUCUCUGUUCCUGCCCUCAAAACAUUAGACGCUCGUUCGUUCUUAAAUUUGUCACACAUAACAAGCUUCUUUAUUCAACUGUUUGUCGUGACGUCAGCACAAUCGAUACAAAUAGUCUCGUUCCGUUCCUUUCGACAUCUGCUGCUAUAAAAAGGAUACCGGCUGCCGCUACUGUCAUGACAGUACACAAGACCACUGACAAGGCCGGCAACUACCACCUCACCGACAUCCGCUGACUCUUUCGCGACAAAAUUCACGGUUGCAGCCAAAAUGAACCAUCACAAACUGAAAUUACACAUCCGUCAGUAAACAAUUCUGGUGUCCGAACACUGCGCUGAAUGUAUACAGGUCACGCGGGCGUAAUAUGUACUAGAAAUUUAACUGUUUUCCUUUGACACCGACGUGUUAUAUAUUACGACGCUGAACUGUAAUAAGCGGGGAUUAAAAGUCAUGAACAGCUUCCGAUGUUAACAGACGAAACGAGAUGCUACCGGUGAAGCACACAUAUAAGAUUUGGUAAUUAAAAUUUAUUAUUAAAUGGAGAUCAGAACUUUCGAAUAAGCCGACUCUGAUCAGUGUUAAAAAUAAUAUACUUAAUUGUAACGUGGGUGGAAAUCUUAUGUAAUGGCCUGUUUAUCAGCUGUUUUCAAGCGGGGACUGAUUUGCAUGUCCACUGAUCCCGCAUAACCUUAAAAAAAAUGUAUUUUAUAAAAGACGUAAGAGAUGCGAACAUGUCUUCGCCAAAUUUAAGACAUAUAUUAAACCUUAAUUCGAAGACAUGUUCCCGUCGAACUGCAUGUUUAAGGAAAACCAUUAGAACUAAUUCAAUUGUAUUCUUCGAUGUUAUAUCGUGACGUAACCUCUGUGUUAAUUUUGUGCAUUUCGGUCCAAACUCUGGCAACAAGCACGGAAAUGCAUUAUCUAAAUCCUUGAAGAAGGGAAAAGAGACCAAUAACCAAAGCCACAUUCGCUAGAGUUCACUUAAAUGACAAAUAAGUCAACUUUAAAAAAUAUAUUCGGAAUAUUUAUUCGUCACUUAAAUGACAAGAAAAGAUUAUUCAUGCUUCAUUGUAAUAUUUUAUAAAUAUCCUUAAAAACAGAGAAUUGUAACAAUAUUCGAGUUCUUCCAAGCGAAACCUCGUUUUAUGACUAAUUUUUGGUUUGUCAUGCGAAAUGACUCUGUUGGGAGACAACAGGACCCGACAAUCUUUGCUGUGCAAGACAUUAAAAUCAUCAAAACACUUCCCUCGCUUGUGGACUGUGUUAAGGCCUGAAAUACGUAGUACACAUUACAAACUUCUCCUGCAACUGUCAAUUACUUUAAUCAUUCAAAAUAGUUAGCAGUUCUUUUAAAAUAUAUCUCAAAUCCCUCGUGUAAUUAUAAACCUAGAGGUUUGUAAUAACACUGAAAUUCAACCUAUCUCUUAUCAUGUUACUGUUCCAAAAUAAUUUCUUUGAAGAGAGGUAAAAAGUAUUAAAUCGUUUUAUCAAUUAUUCAUAUAAGAAUUAAAUUGUACUCGUAACAAAAUAAUAAUUGUUCCAAAAAUAUUGCUUGAAACAGCAAUAAUCCUACUUAACAGACAAUACAUUUAAUUACCGAUCAGAAUAUUGCAUCUGCUUUGUACAGACAACACACAGUCGGUAAAUGUCACUGCAAACCAACUUCCAAAUACCUUAAUACAGCCUAGACUUUGCGUAAGAAGUUCCUAUAUCAUUCAAUUUAAACUGCAGCUGACAUCAUAUACGCAAAGGUAUUUAUGGACCUACAACGCCAAUUCGCUUGUAAUCUCUUUCAUUCGACGGGAGUACCGUGGCACAAUACAACAAAAAUGUCUUCCAUUCUGAUCUCAAAUGACAUCACACACACACGCACAUUUCAUUGCUUAUAAAUAAAUAGUGCGUACAUUUAUAAAUCAAGUUGGUCUAUGUUGCGUACAGAUACAAUGGUUUUAAAUUCAUAACAACUGCAGUUGAAACGCACAGUCGAUCGACAGUCAUAAACAAAAAUCAGACAAUAAAAUUAUAUGCUCCUAAAUGUUGUUUUUCCGUAACCACAAUGGGAAUGUUCAACGCCUUAACACAUCGACGUAGGCCAUGCAAGCGAGAAUUCCAAAAAUGCCAUAAGAAUUAUUUUUCAUGCCGAUACUAAUGACAAUAAUAUUACCAAAUAAAAUUAUGUCCUAUAUAAAAUAAUAAUGUCAGGUUUCUGCGACCUUAACCUUUCUGGAUAUUAUAUAAUGUCAAGACAUGUGAGAUUACUGACAAUAAUUAUUGUAAUCGAAUGUUAAUAUGGUGCAAUUAAUUUUAUACAAGCCCCUAAUUAAAUCAUCGGUAAACGAGUACGUGAAAGUUAAUGACAGAAAAUUCAACUUUCAAAAAUUCUUCUUUCAUAAUUAUAAAUCGGAUGUACAGUUCCUUUGUAUUAAGGGAUAAAAUUAAAAAUCAAUUUCACUAAUGACGAGAUAAAUAUAAUUACAUGAAUUGUUCAUAUUUUGUUAGACAAUAAUAAUUUAUUAUAUAUUUACGAUAUUUAUUCCACGUUAAGUGUACUGUUUCCCUGUACUUACGGACAAUAAUCACCAUAGAUUGUAGAUCGCCAGCCCUAACUAACUCUUAAGAGAAUGUACAAUCAUUUAAAUUGUUGUAAGAGUCGGAAUAUCGUUGUACAAUAAUAACCUGGUGUUAUCAUCCCACUUGAGUUGACACAAAUAAAGAAAUACCCAAGAUUCUAACCUCAAA